CAAAUCAACUUCCGCCCGCCAUGUUGCAGUGAGACAGCGAGAUUUCCGAGGAAAAAGUUAGCGCUUUCGGUUUAGUAGCAGUCAUGCUGUCCACACAGGCUUUUGGAGAAAAUGGAAAGAUGAAGGAGUAUCACUACACCGGACCUGUAGAGCACAAAUUCUCCCCUUAUGCUUAUAAUGGAGGGACUGUGCUGGCAGUGGCCGGAGAAGAUUUUUCUAUAGUGGCCUCAGAUACACGUCUAAGUGAGGGCUACUCGAUCCACAGCCGAGACUCUCCGAAGUGCUAUAAACUGACAGACCAGACGGUGAUCGGCUGCAGCGGAUUCCACGGGGACUGUUUGACGUUGACCAAAAUCAUUGAUGCAAGGCUCAAGAUGUACAAGCAUGCAAAUAACAAGACCAUGACAAGCGGCGCUAUUGCUGCAAUGCUCUCAACGAUUCUGUACGGCAGACGUUUUUUCCCAUACUACGUUUACAACAUAAUUGGUGGGCUGGACGAAGAAGGUCGAGGUGCAGUGUACAGUUUUGAUCCAGUUGGAUCCUACCAGAGGGACGCUUACAUCGCAGGUGGCUCAGCAAGCGCAAUGCUGCAGCCCCUGCUUGACAAUCAGAUCGGAUACAAGAACAUGGAAAAUGUGGAGAGGUUGCCGCUGUCGCAGGAAAAAGCCAUACAGCUGGUUAAAGACGUGUUCAUAUCAGCUGCAGAGAGAGAUGUCUACACUGGAGAUGCCCUCAAGAUCUGCAUCAUUACCAAGGAAGGCAUCCGGGAGGAGAAUGUACCACUCAGGAGAGACUAACAGGCCUACAUGACUAUGCCAGAAACUGGCCUGCUUUUUCUUUUCUGGAAUUAAUAUGUUCACUCUCAAUUCUACAUACUGAUUUAUUGUUCUUUUUGUAUUCUUGCUCAAGAAUAAAAAAUACUAAAUAGUCACAA